UCAUUACCGAUGUUGUACUUACCUUGAGCAACGCGACGGGUGCAACUAGUCAGGGAGUAGGAUCUGCUUAGAAUUCCGUAACACCGGAGAUCACCCCAGUUUUUGGUGGGGUUCGUUUUGCUCAGUCUUUAGUUUUCAAGGUAGUUUCUUUUUUACUUGUAAGCCUUUGUCGGUGCACUAAUACUCGCGAGGCUUUAAAAAUUUAGAAAAUAGAAAAAAGUGUUAAAAUUUAAAAAUUAAAUGUGAUAAUAUUCGCUGGUGUGUACGUAUAUAAAUAAAAACUUUCAAGAUCAGAGGAAUAAAAUUGGGAAAAAUAUAAACUACAUAUAAUAACAUGAACACGGGUGAAACGAUCUGGAUAAUUUUUCGAACUAUAUUUUUUUUUCCUUAUUUGAUAUUGAUUGUAGCAUUAAACAUUUAAACAUAACCGCAUCACCGUAUUGAUUAUUGCAUGUUUUAUGUUAACAUUAUCAAUUAUCCAUAGUACUUGCUUGAAAAACAAGCUCACUGGUAUGGCCACAACACCUCAACUUCGUACAGGUGAAGAUUACAAGACGAUUUUUGAUGGAAAGAUUUAUGCAGAUACACUGUUCAAUCAAAUUGAAGUCGAGGGAUUUACUUUCACAGAGUUUAGACUUAAAACAUUACACAAAAUAUUUUCAAAAGGUACCAUUAAAGGAAAAUGUCUCCUAGAUAUUGGAUCUGGACCGUGUAUACACACAGUUAUACCGGCAGCAAAAUGGUUUGAUGAAAUAAUUAUGACAGACUAUGCCCCUUCUAAUAGAGACAUGCAAGAAAAAUGGUUGAAAAAAGAAUCAGGCGCACAUAAUUGGGACAUGUAUUUCAAAUACUACAGUAAACUAGACGGAAAUGAAAACAACUGGCAACAACUAGAGGCUGCUUUAAGACCAAAGAUUAAGAGAGUCUUUGCAUGUGAUGUAUUUUUACCAAAUCCCCUAGAUCCAAUCCAGUUAGAUCAAGUUGAUGUCAUUUGUACUAGUGCUUGUCUGGAAUCAGCCAGUUCAGAUAAGGAAAAGUAUGAUAUUGCAAUGAAAAAUGUAGUAUCUUUAUUGAAGCCAGGAGGCAAAUUGAUUCUGAUCGGAAUCCUGAACUGUACCCAUUAUAGCGUUGGAAGUGAAAGGUUUCAAUGCGUGUCCUUGACGAAAGAUGAUGUUGUAAACACCGUCAAAAAGAAUGAUUUAAAAAUUAUUGAAAUCUUUGAUGAUGAUAGUUCAUUUGAUGGGGAUGCUGCACCAUUCAACGGUUCUGUUAUUAUACUUGCUGAGAAAAAACAAACCUAGAUCGUUCAUGCCUAUAUUGCUGAGGUUUAUUUUUCAAAGAGACUUUCUACUUAUUGUGCAUACAACUGUUUUCAAAUAUAUACCAGUUCUAUAGUUGAAAUAUAUGUUGUCCGUCCAUUUAUUUGUGUAACAUACUUUGUUAUUCUUAAACAAAAAACUUAUCACGGUGUAAAGGAUGACUGACCUACAUAGAAAACCUUAAAAAAAUUUAAAUUAAAAUCAGAAUACACUAAAUAUUCCAUUGCACAUAUUAGAGUUCUAUUGCCAAUGCUCAUAUUACCGUCAUUGAACUCGUUUUCAUUUUUUGGCAUAUAACAUAUGUUAACAUGUGUUAGCAGCGUUAUUACUAAAAUUUGAGUGUUGAAAAGACACUUUUGUGUCUUGUAAGCUUCAUUCUUUUGAGAACCAAUUUGUUAUGAAAAUUGUGAUUUCUGUACUGUAUAAAUGACAUUAUUACGUACUUAGGUUCAGCAAAAAGCUUAGUAUUUAAUAUUUUUUUGUAAGUGUGUGUGUGAAUAGAUAUUAGGUGCAGCCAUGACAAGGUUUUUUUUUAAAUAAUGCACUCAAGCAAAAUAAUAAUAAUAAUAAUAACAGAUUUUUCGACGACAGAUUAUUUUCUGAUAACAUAAUCAACGGGGACUUAUUUUUUUAAAAAGUCUAAACCAUAAGACUUCCUAACCUUGAUAUAACUUGAGUUGUCUCUCUUGUCACACAUAACAUUUCCAAAUUGUCCACUUAUUACCAGUUCUGUCAUAUUCCAGGUUUUACUACUUGAUACUGAAUAUGACAGUACCAUCCGUACGACAGGAAAGUAUUGCCUAGCAGGAGAUGUUUACCGUGUUGAAACAUCUUGUCGUUCUUUUUUUUCGAUUUUUCAAACCCAUGUCUUUAAAAAAUAUUAAUUUUCAGCAACCAGUCUCCAUUUCUUAACCGAUGUAGAACAGUAAUUUUUUGCGUAUGAACAGUUUUAGAAUGCGUUUCUUCAUAUUUCAAAAUGAGUAGAUCAAGGGCGAUCUAUAGCUCUAUUGCACACCGUCAAAAUUAUCUUUAUUGUUGAUUUAUCAAUUAAUUCAAACGCACAGUUUUCCAUAUAAUUAUAUCCUUUCUGGAAAUAUGGUGCACCGCCAAGAAACGAAUAAUUUUAGAGAAACUUUCUAAUAGCAAUAUUUACUUAAUCAUACACAUUGAUAAGUUGUUUUUUGGUGCGGACAAAUGUUUCAAUCCAAAAUAUAUUCAAACGUUGAUUCAAAACAAGAUAAAAGAAUUAUUACAAAAUAAACAAAUUAUCUCAUGAUCUGUUUCUAUAGUCACUAGUCUAAUAUGUAAUUUGAGUUUAUCUUCUGAACACCUUUCAUCUAGUCAUUUCAGAACAAGUUCAGGAAUUAAAAAUGAAAAGAUAAAGAACAAUCUAUAGCUUUUUGUCCAUAGCAAAUCAUACCUUUCCUUUAAAGAUAUAUUCAAACGGACAGUUUUCAAUACAUAUGCAUUUGUGCACAGCCACCAAUUUAAGUAACUAUGAAACAAAUGUUUAAUAAAAUAUUAUGUCUCUUGUUA